AAGUCACCAUGGUUUCCUCUUUCAUCAGGCGAGUGUUCCAGUUUUCUUACACGAACACACGACGACCAAAGAGGAAAGUCCUGGCUGUAACGGCUUUGCUUCUGACUGGUCUGUGGCUUCUGUGGAACAUGUUACCCCAAAACUGUGAACGGGUGGUACCCGAUCUUCUUCCAGUGUCGCAAAGCGUAGUAAAUAUUUCCAAGUUCAUUAUCCCUGCGAAGGAAAUCUGUUCAAAAACCAACCCGUUCCUCUUGAUCUUUGUUGCAUCCGCAGUGAAUCACGUGGAAGAAAGGAGUGCGAUACGGGCCACAUGGGGUAGCAUCAGUCGCACUCAGGUCUGGGCAGAUGGGACGCCGCUGACAGACAUCGUCAAGGUCAUCUUUGUCUUUGGCGUUAAUCACGACAGUGGGAGCCAGGACGUCGUCACGCAGGAAAGCCAAAAAUAUGGCGAUGUGGUGCAAGCAGAGUUCAGGGAUACUUACAGGAAUCUUACCAUAAAGACUACUGCGGCCAUCAAGUGGGUCAGCACAUAUUGUUCUUCGGCUAAGUUUGUGCUCAAAGCUGACGAUGACGUGUUCUUGCACAUUCCAAAUUGGGUAGCAGCCUUAAAAACGAUUCAUGACGAUCGUUUUUUUCUGGGCUAUCGUAUGUGUGAGAAUAAAGUCUAUCGCAGUGGCUCAAACGGGAUCAGUGAAUCUGUGUACCCUUAUGACGUUUUCCCAGUCCACAAUUCGGGACCAUUUUAUGCAUUUCCAGCCAGAAUGGCUGGGGAAUUAUUAGUGUUAGCGGAACAUAUGCCUUAUUUCGUAAUAGAAGAUGCUUUUUUUACAGGUGUAUUAAGGCAGAUAUUGAAAGCCAAGAUUCCGGACAAAGGAGAGUUGUUUUGCUUCUCACUGACUUGGUGCAAUUUUGCACUAGGGGACAAAGCUGGUGCUAUGGGUGUGACGCAUAGCAAUAUGUAUGAACUGUGGGGACACUUUCAGGGCAAAAAAUCCAGAUUUGACGAGAUUUUCUUGAAUUUAAAACUAUCACUGGAGCACUUCUUCUUUAACAAAAUGUGAUGAAAGAGAUUGAGCCGCUCUUUAGCAUGGAGAGUAAAACCAGAGCAGCGUCGAGAGUGUGACCAACUGUCACACCUAGCCGGUGCAGUACUGCCUGUGGUCAAUUUACCAUAGUUAAAGUUUUGUUCUAACUGUUUAUACAAAUGCACAAAUACUAGCAAACUACUUGCCCUCUAGCACCAUAACUGAAAGGACCUAUGAAACCACUGGUUUUUAUUUCUGAAAAUAGGCUACUAGUAUAGGAUUUGCCCUAUUACUUGUAUACAUCCACAUGUUGGGUAAAAGUACAAAAAAGGCUUCUCAUCUUUCAUCUUGGCGUGGCAAAAUGGCUUUCAACUAUGGUUUUCCUAAGGUCAGUCUGGAAAUUAACUAGCCUGCUCCGGUGUGGUGACGUCUGAAUAGUGAUAGUAGUAGAUAUCAACACAAUUUAUUCUGGGGGAGCGCCCGAGUAGGGGGCACCAAGCACACUGCAUAAAGUAAUGGGGUUAAGAAUUGUAAAAUAUGUAGAAUUUUAUGAUGUAACUUUUUUUCAUUAUUUUUAAUACCAUACAGUUUGUUUUACAGUACACUUUCAUGUUUCCUUUUAAGCAGAAUUAGUUUUAAAACAUGCUGCAGUGUUACUUGCCAGUACAUCAGACUUCGCUGGUCUGGAAUGGCUUAAAAUGUAGUACAUGUAUUCGUCAUGACAUUUAGUAAACCAUUCCACAUGUAAAUAAUAAACCCUUGAGCUGUGGAUUUGUCAAUGAAAGUAUAUAUAUAUAUUCACAAUAUGCGAUUGUGUCAAUAUGAUAACAAGUGAGAAAGAAUGAAUGAAUCAAUCAAUGCUUGUGUUUUAACGUCAUACUUAACAAGUUUCCAGUCGCACAAUGACGAAGUCAUUAGGUGUGCAUAUUGUCUUCUUUUGGCAAGGCGACUCUAUGGUGCCACUGAAGUCAGAUUACCAUGACAUCAUGCCAGUUAGCCACCUUGCUUUAACCUCUCAGCGCUGAGCGCCAAGGAAGGCAGCAUCAAGUAACAUUUUUAAAAUCUUAGUAUGACCCAACCGGGGUUUGAUCCCUGGUCUUCUGACUUCGAGACAGAUGUGAGAUUUUUAGCACGUUAUAAUUGUUACAAAUGUUACUUUAGGUGCCAAAUAAAUCCAGUACUAAUCUUUCCAAUCUUUCCGAACAAACCUCCAAAGUUUUUAGAUCAAUAGACCUCUCCGAUAUGUUGAUGUAUUCACUGAUGAUGGCUGGCAUUUGUUUUCGGAACAUUAAAAAUUGUAAACGUAGUAUUAAGGUCUUAACUGUUUUUGUGAACUCUAACAAACAAGCUGCCCCAAUCUGGCAUGGUAGCGCAGUGGGUCAAGGAACCCAAAGCUGUGAGUUCGAGUCUCACGAGUCCCACUUUUCACUGGUCUUCAGAUAGUCAUAUAUUUUAGUGUCAGAGAUUCAAUGUAGAUCUCUUCCAAUCAGACAAAAAAGUGCAAUUUAGUCAUGAGCGAAAUCUUUAGUGAGGUCAUACAAAGCGAUUUAUAGGUUUGAAAUGUACAUGUAUAUGUAUUAGAUUCCAUUAAUACUCAAAGAAAGUGGAUUAAAUACAACAAGCAAUCAUUUAUUGCGUCUGAUAAUGUAUGAAUUCUUGCAUGGUACAAAAAAAAAAUUGAGGUGCAUGAUCACUUAAUUAUAGUAAAAAAACUCUCAAAGUUUCUAAGGUGUACCUGAUGUACAUCAUUCAUUUUGUUUUACUUUGAAAGUUUCUGAGGUGUACUUGAGGUACAUCUCCUAAGUGUUGAUUUUUUCAAAGUUGCUGCGGUUUAUUUCAGGUGCAUUAUCUCAAUAUUAAAAAAUUGCUCUAAGUUUCUGAGGUAUAUGGAUAUGACUGGGGUAUACUUGAUGUACAAUACACCUCGGAUAAUACAGAUGGGGUGUGCAGUACCUCAUCUAUGCCUCACACUAAGGUGUCUGUCAAUUCUGUAAGCCAUUUUCGAAUCACACAUCUCUUUUUUUUUUUACAAUAAGUACCGGUAGUUAUUUAUUGCUUCUGUUUGUUGUUAAAACAGUAAAGUAGGUUAAGACUUUUAUGCUGUUAACCCUCAAGUUUUUCUCUUUUCGGACAAUCAACGUUGACAGCGGCGACUGGGACAGACCACUUUUAAUCACUGCUACAACGAGCAAGACUUGUGCACAGAUCUCAAGCAACGCCACGGUGAUGAUAUUAAAAUUGACAUCAGAAAACACAAAAACUGUGUCUCAACCUUUGCUUCAAAUAAUGCAUUUUCUUUAUUUGACGUACAGUGUAUAUGCACCACAUGACUCUAACCAACAGGAGAAAUAAUUUUAUGGCUGCUACAGCGAACAAGACUAAUUGUGCACAGAUCUCAAGCAACGCCGAGGUCACUGGGGACACUGUGAUGAUAUUAGAAAUGACAUUAGGAAACACAAAAACUGUGUCUCAACCUUUGCUUCAA